AUGUCCACAGAACCCCCCCUCCCAACCCGCGACCCAAAAACCGUCCUCGCCUCCCUCCUUACCCUCACAGAAACCCGCAUCGUGCCCCUGACAGCCCGCGGCGUCUCUUCCGGCUCAAAGCUCUUCGGCGCCGCAAUCCUCUCCUCUGACGACGCUCUCACCCCCUACACAGUCUCCACAAACGACGAACGCACCUCCCCCCUCCUCCACGGCGAAAUAAACUGCAUCCAAACCUUCUUCACGCGCGACUUCCCCGACCCCUCCACCCGCCCCUCCCCGCGCACCGACUGCGUCUUCUUCGCAACCCACGAGCCCUGCUCCCUUUGUUUAUCGGGCAUCGCCUGGUCUGGCUUCCGGGAGGUGUAUUACCUCUUCACGUACGAGGACAGCCGCGACCUGUUUGCGAUUCCGCACGAUAUCAAUAUCUUGCAGCAGGUCUUUCGCGUGCCGGCCGAGGGGGAGGACGAGAGUGCGUUGGGGAGACGGGAGCUGUAUAACCGGACUAACCAGUUCUUCACGGCGCGGAGUUUGGGGGAGUUGGUGGAGGAGAUCAAGGAUGAGGGGGAGAGGGCUCAUUGGCAGGAGGAGAUGGAGCGCGUUAAAGGGUUGUACAACGCGUUGAGUGAGACGUAUCAGGAGGGGAAGAAGGCUGGGGCCGAGAGUUCGAGCGUGUGGAAGUAG